AUGCAUGAGAGAUUUAACAAUAAUAGAUUACUAUAUAAUUUUGCUUAUUUUUUAAUAGGCAGUAUUGAUAAAAAUACAUUAAAACAAAUAUUGAUUUACUUAAGAAAAAAUACUGAAUUACUGGUUGAGACUAAUAAAAUUGUAAAAAAAUUAGAUUCAAAUUAUACUAAAUUAUCAAAUGAAUUAGAGGAAUUAAAAAAAAGACUCACAAUUUGGAAAUCUGCUACUAGAAAACUCUUGAAAAAUGGAUAUAUUUAUCCAAAUGAAACUGGCUUUAAAGAUUAUUUCAUUAGUGUUAUAAAUGAGCAAUAUGACUCAAAAAAAAAAAAGAGAUCAACAACACCCAGCAAUUCAAAAAGUCAUGAGAAAUAUUUUGCUAAAAUAUCUCUUUCUAAAUGUGUCAAUGGAUCAUUGGUUAUGCUUCAUGACCAAAAAACAGUUAUACCAAGAGUUGAAAGAAGAUGUACCACUCAAUUGGUAAAUGAAUUUAAAUCAAGCCAG